GAUCUAAGGGGCUAAGAAUGGACACCCGGGUCCUCCGUGGUGCUGGACCAUUUCUUCUGGACGCUUCCGCCCUGCCAUGGAAGACUGGACCUCGGAGAUCCGGUUUCAGCCGGAGGAUGAUGGGCGAUGGGGAAGGCUCUUCCUAGGGAACCAUGAAGCAGCAGAGCAGUGGCACGAGCUGUGUCAGGCGCAGGUGAAGUUGGUGGUGAAUUGCACCAACGAUCGGGAAGUUCCGUGCUUCCACGAGUCCAAAGGCCUGAAGUAUGUGCGGAUUGCCGUGAAUGACAAUGAAAGCGCUGACCUUCUGCCAUACCUGGAUGGAGCUUCCGAUGCCAUUGCUGAAGUCUUGCGCCGUGGAGAGAAUGUGCUGGUGCACUGCCACCAGGGUGUCAGCCGCUCGGCCACCGUGGUGGCCGCUUUUCUCUUGAAGCUUGGCGCUGCAUCCCCGCGGUCCCCGAGGGAGGUGGUCGCGUGGCUCAAGACGCAGCGAGCGCAGGUCGAGCCGAAUCUGGGUUUCCGCGCGCAGCUGGAGAUCUAUGCCGACCAACUGCGGGCCAAGGCGCGGCCCUCCACCAGCAGUGAGGGCACUCCUCCGUGCGUGGGGGAGGAGUGGUGUCGCAGGUCGCUGGCGCUCUAUGCAGUUGGUGGUGCGAAGGCAUUCGAGGGGUGCAGAGAGUGCAGAGAGGCCAAUGAGAUGAUUCGUUGGGGCUUGGACUUUGUUCUGGGGCGAGGGCUCAAUGCGAGCGAUGUGCGUUGGUUGGGAGCCUUGCUGGAAAGCUUGAAGCUUUCAAAGCCCUUGGAGCUGCUGCGGGAGGAGCUUGCUUCCCAGUGGUUUCACGAGUGUUGGGGGCCUGACGUGUCACGUGCCGCAUUGGAGGAGAUGCGCACCUCGCUCCAGCAGCAGGUGGGUGUGUGACAAGUCCAUCCGAGGCUUCCAGGCUUCUGUGCCACCUGGGCUCCAGUCCAGUGGGCCAGGGCCAGGCCUGUUGAGGCCGAGGCCACUUGAGAGUGCAGCGCACCCCUCAGGGCCAGGGCCUUUCGCUCGACCACGCGCGGAGUGAAACGCGCCGUCGAUGUACAGCCGACGCGAGGCGCGGAGUCCGGCGCUGUGGAUGUACAGCGAGCGACGCGACCCUUCGGGAAAAGACUUGAACCUGGCCCGGGCCAGGGGGGUGGUUGGCAAUGUGAAGACGGUGAGGACGGUGGACGAUUGAUGAGUGAGUUCG